AUGAUGUUUGCAAGACGCGCAAUUCCCUCGGCCUUCCGAGCCGCCACCCGCGCCAGCGCAGCUCGACCCAUCCCCUCGGCACGAUUCCUCACACCGUUCCAAGCACGAUUACUCUCCGAUGAAGUCCGGUCUGCCAUCGACAAGGCUGUCGCAUCAUCGCCUGUUGUUCUGUUCAUGAAGGGUACACCAGAGACACCACAAUGCGGGUUCUCGAGAGCCAGCAUACAGAUUUUGGGCAUGCAAGGUGUAGAUCCGGAGAAGUUUACAGCCUUCAACGUGCUGGAAGACCAGGAUCUGAGGCAAGGUAUCAAAGAAUACUCCGAGUGGCCAACCAUACCGCAACUAUACGUCGACAAGGAGUUUGUCGGUGGCUGUGACAUCCUGAUGUCGAUGCAUCAAGAUGGAUCGCUUGCAAAGAUGUUGGAAGAGAAGGGUGUAGUUGUGCCAGCCGAGGGACAGGCACCGUAA